AUGGCAAUUAAGCUCAUUGCACUAGUAAUCACACUAUGUGUAGCAUCAUGGGAUGUUGCACAGGGCAGAUCUUUAAGAUUUUCUACAACUCCUCUAAAUCGUUAUAGCUUCCCUCCUCAUUUUGAUUUUGGUGUUGCCUCUUCCGCUUAUCAGUAUGAAGGUGCAGUAGAAGAAGGAGGGAGGAGUCUAAGCAUAUGGGACAAUUUCACACAUGCAUUUCCAGAAAGGACGAACAUGGACAAUGGAGAUGUUGCCGUUGAUUUUUACCAUCGUUAUAAGGAAGACAUCAAACUAAUAAAGGAAAUGAAUAUGGAUAGUUUCAGAUUUUCCCUGUCCUGGUCAAGAAUAUUACCAAGUGGAAAACUAAGUGAUGGGGUCAAUAAAGAAGGUGUUCAAUUCUACAAGAAUCUUAUUGAUGAACUUAUCGAGAACGGUAUCAAACCUUUUGUAACAAUUUAUCACUGGGAUAUCCCUCAAGCUCUUGAUGAUGAGUAUGGUAGCUUUUUAAGUCCUCGAAUCAUAGAUGAUUUUCGAAACUAUGCCAGAUUUUGUUUCCAAGAGUUUGGGGACAAGGUCAGUAUGUGGACAACUUUCAACGAGCCAUAUGUUUAUAGCGUUUCGGGUUAUGAUGCGGGUAAUAAGGCAAUGGGUCGAUGUUCUAAAUGGGUAAACAGUUUAUGUAUCGCCGGUGACUCGGGCACGGAGCCUUAUUUAGUCUCCCACCACCUUCUUCUCGCUCACGCUGCUGCUGUUGAAGAGUUCAGGAAAUGUGACAAGAUUUCGCAAGAUUCCAAGAUAGGCAUAGUGUUGUCUCCUUAUUGGUUCGAGCCAUAUGACAGUGCUUCUAAUGCUGAUAAAGAAGCAGUUGAAAGGGCUCUUGCUUUCAAUAUUGGUUGGCAUCUCAGCCCUCUAGUUUUCGGAGACUAUCCAGAGACGAUAAAGAUAAGCGCUGGAAAUAGACUGCCAUCUUUUACCAAAGAGCAAUCUAUGAUGGUUAAAAAUUCGUUUGAUUUUAUCGGUGUAAAUUACUACACUGCACGGUUUGUUGCUCACGAUCUUAACGUCGAUAUUUCACGGCCUCGCUUCAUGACCGACCAACACCUCCAAUACAAAUUGACAAAUCGUACCGGCGACACCAUCUCAUUGGAAUCGGAUGGUACCAAAAUUCUCUGGUCAUAUCCGGAAGGGUUACGAAAGAUUCUUAAUUAUAUCAAAAAUAAGUACAACAAUCCAACUAUCUACAUAACUGAAAACGGUUUCGAUGACUACGAAAAUGGAACGGUGACACGUGAAGAGAUACUAGAAGACACAAAGAGAAUAGAGUACCACCAAAAACAUCUUCAAGAACUCCAGAAAGCGAUCACUGAGGAUGGGUGUGACGUGAAAGGCUACUUCACAUGGUCGUUAUUGGAUAAUUUUGAAUGGGAACAUGGAUAUGCAGUGAGAUUUGGUUUGUACUACGUUGACUAUAAAAAUGGUCUUCAACGACAUGCUAAACAUUCAGCUAUGUGGUUCAAACAUUUUCUUGAGAGAUCCGGAAAGCCAAUGCCGAUGGAUCUGUUUAAGAGUGUCAAGAGAUGGUGGUCUACAUUACAGAUGAUUUAAGCUCGCUCGGAGGAAGAUAAAAUUCAAUUAUUAAAAGUAACUUAUUCUUUAUAUAGUUAUUGGUAACUUAUGGGAUAAAUGUUUGUUGAUAUUGAGAUAUAUUUGUAUAUUGUUAAGUUUUCUAAUUUCUUCCUAAAGGUUUUUGUGACAUCAUUCUUGUAUCUAUAGUUUGGUCUUUUCAUGUAUAAAAAUCAU